AUGCUCAACAAAAAGCCUAAGUCGAGCGGCGGCAGGGGCUGCGGAAAGAAGCGCACUCCUUUCGAGUACGCUGUCUUGCUGACAAUUAUUGCAAACUGCAUUGUUCUCGCACUGGAGGAACAUCUGCCAAAUGGGGACCGCACCAUCCUCGCCCAGAAAUUGGAGCUGACUGAACCUUACUUUUUAGGAAUUUUUUGUGUUGAAGCGUCAUUAAAAAUACUAGCGUUAGGAUUUGUUCUUCAUCCUCGUUCCUAUCUUCGUAAUAUCUGGAACAUGAUGGAUUUCGUUGUAGUGGUCACAGGGUUCAUCACACUUUUUCCUCAGAAUGACUUAGAUGUUGAUCUGAGGACUUUAAGAGCCAUCAGAGUGCUUAGACCUCUCAAAUUAGUAUCGGGGAUUCCCAGUCUGCAAGUGGUGUUGAAGUCCAUCAUCAAAGCCAUGGCACCCUUGCUGCAGAUAGGCCUGCUCGUGUUAUUCGCCAUUGUUAUAUUCGCCAUCAUUGGGCUCGAGUUUUACUGCGGGGCCUUGCACAAAACGUGUUACAGUCUCGAGGAACUCACUCGAGUGUACAAAGAGGGUGAAUGGGCAACGCCAUGUAACACGGACAACAAGACAGAAGCGCCUGCGGGCAGUUACGUGUGUAACUCGUCCGUCUCCACGUGCCUAGAAGACUGGGAAGGCCCCAAUUUUGGGAUAACGUCCUUUGAUAACAUAGGAUUCGCUAUGUUAACUGUGUUCCAAUGUAUUACCAUGGAGGGGUGGACCCAGGUGUUGUAUUGGACAAAUGAUGCUUUAGGGAGCACAUUCAAUUGGAUAUAUUUUGUACCACUUAUCGUCAUAGGUUCCUUUUUUAUGCUCAAUUUAGUUCUCGGUGUUCUUAGCGGUGAAUUUGCAAAAGAGAGAGAAAAAGUAGAAAACAGACAAACAUUUUUGAAGCUUAGAAGAGCGCAACAGUUAGAGCGAGAGUUGAAUGGAUACGUAGAGUGGAUAUGUAGAGCAGAGGAAGUGAUAUUAGCAGAAGAGAGAACGACAGACGAAGAGAAAAUGCAUAUAAUAGAAGCGAGGAGAAGAGCAGCCGCUAAGCGCAAAAAAUUGAAAAACCUGGGCAAAAGCAAAAGCACAGACACCGAGGAAGAGGAGAAUGAAGAGGAAGGAGACGAUGGGUCUCUGACAACAGUAAAAAACCAAGGAGCCUGUGUAGAAUUCUGGAGACAAGAGAAGAGAUUAAGAUUUUGGAUACGACACACAGUAAAACAGCAGUGGUUUUACUGGUUCGUCAUUGUACUUGUGUUUUUCAACACAGCCUGUGUAGCAGUAGAACACUAUGGACAGCCGCCGUGGCUGACAUCGUUUUUAUAUAUAGCAGAAUAUGUUUUUUUAGGACUAUUCAUGAUGGAGAUGUUUAUAAAAAUGUACGCACUAGGACCAAGAAUAUACUUCGAGUCUUCAUUCAAUAGAUUCGAUUGUGUAGUCAUCAGUGGCUCUAUUUUUGAAGUUGUUUGGUCAGAACUGAAAUCUGGAUCGUUCGGUCUCUCAGUGCUAAGAGCCUUGCGACUGCUGCGCAUUUUCAAAGUGACCAAGUACUGGUCUUCGCUGAGGAACCUCGUAAUAUCAUUGCUCAACUCGAUGCGAUCCAUCAUUUCUCUGUUGUUCCUGCUGUUCUUGUUCAUCCUGAUCUUUGCACUGCUUGGCAUGCAAUUGUUCGGGGGAGCAUUCAACUUUGACGAUGGAACACCGCCCACCAACUUCAACACAUUCCCCAUUGCACUGCUUACGGUCUUCCAAAUCUUGACUGGCGAGGAUUGGAACGAGGUGAUGUACCAAGGAAUUUUGUCGCAAGGAGGUCACAAAAAGGGCAUGAUCUACUCGCUGUACUUCAUCAUUCUGGUGCUCUUCGGUAACUACACCCUGCUGAACGUCUUCUUGGCUAUCGCUGUCGACAACUUGGCGAACGCUCAAGAACUGACUGCUGCUGAAGAGGAGCAAGAGGAAGAAGACAAAGAGAAACAACUAAUGGAGCUGGAAAAGGAGAUCGACGCUCUGCAAAUGAACCCCGACGGCACCCCUAUGGUAGGGGAAGGCGGCGGGGGUGGCAAAGGGGGAGCCAAAAAGCCUGCCAAAAAGGAUGAGGAUAAAAAGAUGGGCGACGACGACCAGCAGGGCCCAAAACCUAUGCUGCCCUACUCGUCCAUGUUCGUCCUCACCUCCACAAAUCCGUUGAGAAAAGCAGCCCAUUGGGUCGUAAAUCUGCGCUACUUCGACUUCUUCAUCAUGGUGGUCAUCAGUUUGAGCUCCAUCGCUCUGGCUGCCGAGGACCCUGUGGUCGAAGAGAGCACCAGAAAUCGCAUUCUCAAUUACUUUGAUUACGCCUUCACUGGUGUGUUCACGAUAGAGAUGCUUUUAAAGAUUGUAGAUUUAGGCGUAAUAUUACAUCCCGGUUCAUACCUGAGAGAAUUUUGGAAUAUCAUGGAUGCAGUGGUCGUGAUAUGCGCCGCCGUGUCAUUCGGCUUUGACAUGACAGGAAGCUCUGCGGGUCAGAACCUAAGUACAAUCAAAUCACUGAGGGUGUUGCGCGUGCUGCGACCCCUGAAAACUAUUAAACGAGUGCCGAAGCUCAAGGCCGUGUUUGACUGCGUGAUCAACUCGCUGAAGAACGUCAUCAACAUCUUGAUCGUCUACAUUUUGUUCCACUUCAUCUUCGCUGUGAUCGCGGUGCAACUGUUCAACGGCAAGUUUUUCUACUGCACGGACGAGAGCAAACACACUGCCGAGGACUGCCAGGGCCAGUACUUCAAGUUCGACUCUGAAAACCAGUUGCCGUCGGCCGCCCCUAGGGAGUGGAGACAGCAGAGCUUCCACUAUGACAAUGUUAUGGCUGCCAUGCUAACCCUGUUCGCCGUGCAGACCGGCGAAGGAUGGCCUCAAGUGCUGCAAAACUCGAUGGCGGCUACAUACGAGGACGAGGGACCCAUUCAGAAUUUUCGCAUUGAAAUGUCGAUUUUCUACGUGGUCUACUUUGUAGUGUUCCCGUUCUUCUUCGUGAACAUCUUCGUAGCCUUGAUUAUUAUCACCUUCCAAGAGCAGGGCGAGGCCGAACUGCAGGAUGGAGAAAUAGACAAAAACCAGAAAUCCUGCAUUGAUUUCACGAUCAGUGCCAGACCUUUGGAGAGAUACAUGCCCAACAGACGAAACAGUUUCAAAUACAAAAUCUGGCGAGUGGUUGUGUCCUCGCCGUUUGAAUAUUUCAUCAUGCUGUUGAUCGUCUUAAACACGCUACUCCUGAUGAUGAAGUUUUACAAUCAAGGCAAAAUUCAAAGGGAGACGCUCCACUACAUGAAUACAGGGUUUACCGCCAUGUUUACCGUAGAGUGUUCACUUAAGGUGUUGGCCUUUGGAGUAAAGAAUUUCUUUAAAGACCCGUGGAACACAUUCGAUUUCAUCACUGUGAUAGGAAGCAUAGUUGACGCGUUAGUAGUAGAGUUUGGGGAAAACUCAAUCAACGUCGGAUUCUUGCGACUGUUCCGAGCUGCUCGUCUCAUCAAACUUCUCCGCCAAGGCUACACCAUUAGAAUUUUAUUGUGGACCUUUGUACAGUCUUUCAAGGCUUUGCCUUAUGUAUGUUUGCUCAUUGCCAUGCUGUUCUUCAUCUAUGCCAUCAUUGGAAUGCAGGUGUUUGGUAACAUAGCCCUCGACCCUGAGACCUCAAUCACAAGGCAUAACAACUUCAGAAGCUUCGUGCAGGGUCUUAUGUUGUUGUUCAGGUGUGCAACAGGAGAAGCGUGGCCAUCAAUUAUGCUGUCUUGCAUAAAAGGCAGACCCUGUGAUCCACGGGCACAAAAGCCAGAAGGCGAGGGAUGUGGCUCCAACCUUGCUUACGCCUAUUUUGUCUCUUUCAUCUUUUUCUGUUCCUUUUUGAUGUUGAACUUGUUCGUCGCAGUCAUUAUGGACAAUUUUGAUUAUUUAACAAGAGACUCGUCCAUUCUCGGAGCUCAUCACUUGGAUGAAUUUGUGAGAAUAUGGGCAGAAUACGAUCCAAACGCAACGGGUAAAAUAUUGUACACGGAGAUGUAUGAUAUGCUGAAAAACAUGGAUCCGCCGCUCGGCUUCGGAGGAAAAUGUCCAAACAGAUUAGCGUACAAGAAACUGAUAAGAAUGAACAUGCCUUUAGACAAAGAUAUGAAAGUGCAUUUUACGACCACAUUAUUCGCCCUGAUUAGAGAAAAUUUGAGUAUCAAAGUUCGUUGUGCCGACGAAAUGGACCAAGCAGACGAAGAACUGCGCGAAACCGUGCAAAACAUUUGGCCACUUCAAGCAAAGAAGAUGCUAGAUUGCCUCAUUCCGAAACCAGACGAGCUAAACAAAGGGAAGCUGACGGUGGGGAAGGUGUACGCCGGACUGCUCAUCCUUGAGAAUUGGAAGACAACCAGAUUUGGCCAAAUCGAAGGAGCUGCCGUGCCUGAUGAGAGUGGGGAGCAAACACCCUCGCCUCCAGGGAAGUCAUCGUUCUUCAACUGCCUCAUGGACAUGGCUUGGAAUAAGCAUGAGGACGGGACGGACGAGGAGAAGGUCGGCCUCACCUCCAAUGUAGAGAGAAACGCGAGCUUCAGGGGGAACAAAAAUAAGACAAUGGAACUGACUGAUGUAGUUGUGGGAGCUGGAACGACAGCAGGAGCGGUUGCCGGAGGACUCUCGGCGCACCCCUCAAUGGAAAGUCUCGGCGACCACGGUCACCUCCAGCCUGACUACGGACAUGGAAGGUAUGGAUCGCCUCCGCACUCUUGUGCGGGAAGCCCUCCACAUCCCCAACAAGGUGGCUAUCAUUCCCCAACACAAGUUGAUGGUCACCACGUAAGGCACGGUAUGCACCGUUCGCCAUCCUCAAGGGGUCAUCACCAUCCACACCACCAUCCUGGUUUCAGUGACACCGUGUCCAACGUGGUCGACCUGGUCAAGCACGACAUCAGACACGCAAGAGGCCACGGAUCUUGGUCGUUGUCAAACAGCCCAGAGCACUACGGAAUGCACUCCAGAAGCCCGAGCCCACAGGGUCACGGAAACCGCUACGUGCACGGACAUUCGCACAUGGUUACGGGACACAGGGCACCAGGACCACAUCUCCAUCACCAUAGGCCGCUUGUGUACCCUGCAAGGUUGAGGAUGGGUGCUUCCCCAGCGAGACACCAGUACGGCACCACAAGUCUGGAGCAGCGUUCGCGCAGUCCGUCGCCGACUUCGCAUCGGCGCCACGGCAGCCAGGCGCCGCACCCGCACUCGCACACGGGCCACUCGUACCCGGUGUUGACGCCCGGCGGUGGACGACGCGGCGCCGGCCGACGGCUGCCGGCCACACCCAACAAGCCGUCAACACUGCACCUUUCGCCGCAGCAGCAGCAGUUCCCGCACCUGAACCGGUCGCCAACGACGGCCAGCAGCAGCCUGCCGGUGCCAGGCGCCGUCAAGCCGGGCGCGGCGCCACCCAACUCAAACAUCAACUUUCCCAAGCUGAACGCGUCGCCGACGCACGGGCCCAAGGGCGAGCUGCCCUACAUUGGCAUCGGCAGCACCGGCCGCCGAAUCGUGUCGGCAACCAUGGGCCGCUACGAGGAGCCCCUCAGCUUUGAGCAGGCCAUGGCCAUGGGCCGCGGCGGCCUGUUGAGCGGCAGCGGCCGCCAGUUGCCGUCACCGGUGCCCAACGGCUUCAAGCCCGGCUCGUCGGAGCGACGCCCGCCGAACACGACGCCACGCGAGCAACGUCGGGGCGGCGCCGGCGGCGGCGCCGCGCGCCACAGUGAUUCAGACGAGGAUGACUGGUGCUAGCCAAUGGCCGGCGGGCAGGGAAGAGACUCGUUUUACGCGACGGGAGCCGCCGCAGUGAGCUGCUCCGACUUCGCGCCGCUCAUUCCGCCCUCUCCCGACGCCCUGCCCGCACCCCCCAGCUAACAAACCCAUCGAAUCUGCGUAGGACUAAAGACGAAUCUGAGCGAACCCCCCGACCCCCGCAAAUUAACCCUCCUCUGUCUGAAUCACUAAAUGACACACACACUCACACACGGCGAAAUGAAUCGAUUCGGUUUUUGACAUUCGAGGUGAAUUUCAACGACAUGGGAUCAACAACACACACACACACACUAAUUGCGUACUUAAUACUGUAGUUGACCACCACGAUUUAAUUGUUACUUCACUUGUUACAUUAUUAUAGAGUGAUUUGAGCUCGUCGAUUUGAUUUUGUAUGCCCCUCCAGGCGUCGGAAACACAUGCAAUCAUAAGCAUAAAAAUUUAGUGUGUCUUGCGCCAUUGGAUUGUGAUCGAUUAAAGGAGCUGGAAACUCAAAAUCCGUGAAAGGAAUCUAUCAGUCGAGCACAAUUUUGAAAGAGAAAAUUGGUUUAAAAAAGCAGGUUUUUACUUGAGAAAUCGUAAAAGCUGUAUUAAAUUUUGGCGUAAAAACGAUUUACCACAAACUGUUGGAAUCAUCAUUAAUCAAAUUUUUUCUAAUCAAAAAGAAAAUUAUCUAAAUUUUCCUUCAGUUUGCAGCCCCUUUGAUGAAAAUUUCCGAAAUGACACGUGAAUUUUGCCACAUUAUUACUGAAUUUCAUAUUUAAUGUAACGAGAAUCCUACCAAAUUCACCAUAUACACACGUACACUGCUCGAACUCGACCAUUUACUAGAGUAAACCGUAUAAGACUCUGCGAUAACGAUUCGUUUGAGAAUAAUUAAGUAAAAGGUACCACGAACCACGACACACACAAGCUGCACGUUGGCCAGAAAUUGAGGAGUGAAACUGAAACUAUUGAAGGAAGCGAACAGAUUAUAAAGAAGAGAGAUUGAAAAUCUCUUGUCUCUUCAAAAAAUAACUGCCACAUAUAUGCUGAAUAAUAUUUCAUACCUUAUUAAUUACAGAAGGAAAAUAUACGAGGAAACUUUGCAUAAAGAUAUAAUAUGGAUAUAUGACGAAUUAAUCACGAAUGCUAAUUGUAUAGAAACAUUAUUAAAUACAUUUAUAUUAUUACUACUUACUACUAAAAACUCAGAAAAACAUGCAGCUCCUGCGAAUACCUUUUAACGAUAUAGAAUUCACACUCACACACGAUUCACUCGUACGAAACCUCCGAUUCAUUGGCUGCCUGUACGAUAUUGCAUUGCAAGUCCAUGCGUAGUGCGAUGAUUCUUAUAGCAUUUAUUGUCCCCCCAACCCCCGCCAAGAACCCAAGAAAGAACCGCGAGAAACAGUGUAAAUAGUAUAUUAUUAAAUCCAAAGAGACUUGAAACAAAUUAAGCGUUCCAAACUUAAGAACCAAAAUGUACGUCUGUUCAAAACAAGCGGCCCACUUCAAGAAGUGGGUAAAAUUCUUCGGCAUCAUUCUGUGAAUAUCCCAUACAAAUAUUAUGACGGUGAUGAAUGUCAGAAUAUUGAGAAAAAAAACCAAAGACAGUGCGCGUGUGAGAGCAAGUUGCGUCGAACAAGAACCACUGUACUUUCCGAGUGUAACGAGUAUAUAAAAAAAAAUAGAAGUAAGAAACGGUUUUUCAUACAUACUAAUUAUCCUUAAUCGGAAAGGGUGCGUGCCGCUGUAUAUACUACAAAUCGAAACUCUUAUCGACGAAGAAGGAGAUACAUUUGUAUCGGAAAACUUACUUCAUGAUAAAUCAUUAAAUUAUCGAAUAGCGUUUGUAUAAUGAAGCAUUUUUCCGUUCAAAACUACUUCUGUCUCUGAUGGUUUUGAUGAGCUGUGACAUCUCCUCCCUUUCCAAUCUACGUGAAUUCGAGAAGCACAAUGACCCAAGCGCGGAAUAAAAUCUCUCUUUCUCUGUUAUAAUAAUUGUUGUUUUACGACGAAUUGAGUUUACAUAUUUACGCAGAGUCUAUUAAACAAAGUGUUGGCGAUUCUUUUAUCAACCUCGAUAAUCAAAUAAGCAGUGGAUUUCUAUCGGUAGUUGUUUUCAUUCAAGAGUAUAUCUAUAUUUAAUGUUGAGUUGUGUUUGCUGUACAGAAUGAAAUUAAUUAUCAAAGCGCAUCUCUCGCUCUCUUUCUAAAAAUAUUAUAGCUGUUGAAUGAUUGGACACUCGCUGGGAAUGCGAAAUUCUAAAUCAAAAUGCUUCAUAAAUUGACGAAAACUUUUCGACGCAGGGAUGAUGAGUUACUCUCAUGGAACCACCACUGAUUUUUCACAAAUUCUUAAUUCUUCUGCCACUUCUAUGAAAUGCUGACUAUAUAUGUUUCUUAUACAAAGAAAGAAAAUAUAUAACAAAUUAAAACUUCUUGUCCCCAUUUUCUGUAAUUGUUUCUAAUGCAUUAAAUGAAAAGUUACAAGGCGUAUAUCGAUCGAUGAUAAUUGCUGUACACACCCUAAAUCUCUCCUGAUAAGUGCUUUUAAUAUUGAACAAGAAAUUGCAAAAAUAUUUACUGCUUACGAAAUAUUCAUCAUGUGUGUAAAUAAAUGAUAUAAAUUUUUUUCGUCUGUGAUAUUAAAAGACAAUUUUCAUGUUGGUAUCCUUGAAAUAUUGACAGAGCAUUGAAAAAAGAAAGAAAACUCAUCACAACUGCAUUCCCUCUUGAACAACUCCCGCAGAACGUGUAAAUCUUUGAUUGUGAAAUGAUAAACGGCGCCGGCAGUUGUUAGGAAUCUCCUCUUUCCUGUAGCGCAUCUCACUAAAAUGAUUUUCGGCACAAAACCUCCCAUUUUUCAAAAAAAUAUAUCUAUCGAAAUGGUGUGCUUGUGAACCAUUUGUUACAUUAUGAGAAUCAAACGAAGCGCCAUUGAUCGUAUAUUGGACUCUCAAAAUAAAUAACCUACGAAAAACAAGCCGUCAAACUAUUACUAACUGAGUCAACUGCCAAAUACAACACACGAUAUGUAUGUCCUCUUUUGAAGAGAACCAUUUCGAACAUAACUUUUGCACAAUAUUAUUCGAUUUAUUAAAUUCACUCUCACCGAACACACAGAGAUGUUAACGAUUUUCUUGCCUGCCACCACCGGCGGCACACGCGAGACCGACUGGUUGCCUAACGAUUCCUCAAUAGAAUGAUUUAUGGAACACAAUUCUUAGCAAUGUUCACUUUGAUUGAUGAAAAAAAUUGUUUAUAGGGUGCAAUAAUCGAUAUCAAACUUUAAAAUCUUAUAACAAUAGAUACCAAAAGGACAUAAAAAUUUACGGAAUCGUUGGAAAUUUGAGUAAAUUUAUAUACCAAUAUGCGUUAUACAAAUAUUUAUGAUUUCCCCAAUGCUUGAAAUUUAUGUAUCAGCAAUGGCAGACGAGUUUAAUGACGCGCUUAUCAGCCCAAAACUUUCAAAUUCUCAUUGGUAUGAGUUUAUCUAACUUGCCCCUUGCAACUUCAAACUGGUAACACAACUAUAGCUUUGUAAUAAACUCUCUUCUCUAUCUCUCAAUCUCAAAUGUUACUGCACAUAACACACACAUAAACACACACAAAAAUCAAAUUUUCGGUCGCGCCAUUUGUUGCUUUUUGCUCCCCUAAUAGCAGUCUGAUGGCAAGAGAGUUGAAACGAAAUAAUUAAAUUAAAAAUUAUAUACUAACUUGUACUUUGGAAAUUACUCUCUAUUCAAAGAGAUGUGUAUGAGUUUGGACUUUCCGCGGUAUUAAAACGCAAAUUGUAUGAAGAGUAAUCCUCCAAGUGUAUGAAAAAAAUAAUAUACAAAAAGAGAAUUCACGGUGGUGUUGAUUUGCUGCAUUUUUCGGUUCCGUUCUAAGGAAUGGAUGAGAAGCAACACAUUCUUACUUGCACACGCUUUUUUACUCAUUUCCGGUAAAACUAACAGUGAAAUCGAUUAGGAUAUAUAAAAUAAAAAAUCAUAUCAUAAUUACUGCAAUGUGUGUUUGACUGCAGUAUCUUGGAAUAUAUGAACAAAAUGGAAAUAUUGUUGCAGCUUUAAAAAUAAUUGUAUGGAAACUCAUUCUUUCUCUCAUCACACCUGUGAAACUAAAGAUUUACAAAAGGUAUAAAAGUUAAAAAAAAAUUAUAAAUAUAUCUAUAGAUCAAACAAAAUAUUGGAAAUAAUUUCCCAACUGUAGUAUUUAUAUUUAGUGUCAGGAUGUUGCUUGAAAAGUUUUUAAAUAAAUACUUCUAU